CCAUUGUUCUUCCUGUGGGUUCUGAAAGUCUCUUUUUUCUCCAAAAGUCAGAAACUUACAGCUCUGACUACAAUACCCAAACAACUUCUCCCAAUAAAUUAGUAGUAUUACAGAUUCAGAUAAAGAGGAGUCUCCCUCUUCCUUUAAUUCAAAAGCUCUCAAAUUUUUUUAUUUGCUUGUACUUUUUUGUCUUUACUCUCUAUCCCUCUCUCUUUUUCCCUACUCUCUUCCCUUUCGUCCCUUUCCUUCCUUCCUCUUGAAUUCAAAUCUAGGGUUUCUCUUUUCUUUCUUUGUGUUCAAGCACACUUCACAGUUUAAGAACAUUCUUGUUAAGCUCUGGUUUGAGUGUGACUUUAAAGCUUCAGCCUUUUCUGCAUUCCUUCGACUAGUAGGCUCUGCUAUGAUAGUGAAAAGAUUCAGGCUUUAGCAUUAGUUCCUUAUUUUCUUUUUCAUUUUCUCUUGUGGGUACAAUCUUAAAUUUUUUUUGGUUAAUUCUUCUUCUAUUUUUUUCCCCCUUCAUAUUUACAAGAAAAACCCUGUUAAACCCUUGUUAGGUUUUUUUUUUUCUUAUUAUUUUUGUACUUUUGAUUCAGUUUUAGUGGGUCAGUCGUAGAUUUGGGGUUGAGGUGAGUAUUUACAGAGUAAAUGCAUGGAUGGAAGGGAAAGCAUAGCACUAUCAGGAUCUUCUUCUUACUAUCUCCAUAGAGGGUUUAGUGGGUCUGCUUCAACACACAAUGGUUUACAUGCCCCACCUAGUUUCAGCUCUCCAACAAACCCUAACCUUUCAGUUCAGUCCAACGUAAGGGAUAGUAGCCCUGUAGGGCCAACAUUCCCAGUAGAAAACACAUCCCCUAGUUUUCCUCAUGGCCUUAACAUGGGUAUGCCAAUGGGGCAGCCAGCCAAGAAAAAAAGAGGGAGGCCUAGAAAGUAUGGUCCAGAUGGGACCAACAUGUCUCUAGGACUCUCUCCAAUGUCUGCGCCGGGGUCUAUGACGCCGACCCCAAAACGGGCUAGAGGCCGGCCGCCUGGCAGUGGGAGGAAGCAACAAUUAGCAUCUCUUGGUGAAUGGAUGAACAGUUCGGCAGGACUCGCUUUUACACCUCAUGUCAUCAACAUCACAGAAGGGGAGGACAUUGCCUCAAGAAUAAUGUCAUUUUCGGAGCAGAGACCAAGGGCUCUAUGCAUCUUGUCAGCCAAUGGUGCAGUUUCUUCAGCCACGCUACGCCAGCCUACAUCCUCUAGCAGCACUGUAAUGUACAAGGGUCAAUUCCAGAUAUUAUGCUUGUCAGGCUCAUUCUUGGUUGCUGACAAUGGUGGACCUCGCAGUCGAACUGGCAGUUUAAGUGUUUCCCUUUGUAGCUCUGAUGGCUAUGUCGUUGGAGGCGGCGUUGGUGGCAUGCUUAUUGCAGGAGGCCCAGUUCAGGUGGUAGUAUGCAGUUUUGCAUAUGGUGGUUCCAAGUCAAAGAACAAAACAGAUGUCGGUCCCAACGGUGAACAGAGUUCAGUGCUUCAACCUAGUGAAGAAGCCGGUCCACCAGCUAGUCCUCCUCGUAGGCAAAAUCUCACUCCAAUUUCUUCAUCUGAUGUUUGGCCCAAUCUGAGAAACCUGCAGACCGAGAUUGAUCUGACACGUUUAUGGUAGCGGUAGUUGACACAUGGCAAUUUUGUAUAUAUGUGUUGUUGUAAAUGAACCGUGCCAAUCAGAUCGACGAACUCUUGACCUGAGACCUUGUCUUCUCAGGCGUGUAGAUGAUGGUCGCGCAAACAUGAUUGUAACAGCAAGUUUUCUUAGUAGAAAUUUUCGGGUAGUUUUUAAUUUCACUUUGUGAUUUUAGUUGGGGGAACAUAUCUGCAAAUUUGAACCGAGACUUAUGAGCUGAAUGAUGAGGGCUUUGUUGGAAAACAAAUCUUGAUUUUAAUUUGUGAAAAAUUAUUGAGAUUCCAGUUUGA